AUGAACGAAUAUGAAGACUCAAGUCUUCGCCAUUCACAACCACUUUUCAACGUUGAAAAUAAAUACAUGAAGGAACGUCUUCAAAAGAUUGUGGAUGAAUCCCUGUAUGAUAUUGAUCAAUGGUGUGAGGAAUUGAUUGAUGUAAACGUACAGCAGGAUGAUGAUCAAUCUCCAUUACUACUCACUCCGAAAACAAGAUUUUUCAACUUGAGUCUAGAUCAAGCCCAUGCUCUCGUUCAUUAUUAUCAACAAUAUGUAUUGAAACAUUCCAACAAAAUAACCGAAAAAGAUGAAAUUGCAAUACAACAAUUGAAAGAACAAAUUCGAAAUUUAUGGAACCAGGAGAAGUGUUUUAUGGGAAGGAAGGUGUUUUGUAGGCUUUCCACGAGAAGUCCGAAAGAUGCAGCACUCUUUGAUCAGUCUGAAUGUUAUGGCCGAUGUAAGAAAUUAUUGAAAAAGAAAUGGAUUGCAAGUUAUUUGAAGUACAAGCAACGAAAGGAUAGAUCAGAAGCAGCUAUUCCAUCCAGAGAUUAUAUUUUGAAUACAGAGGCAGAUGAUUUUACCAAUUAUAUCACUCACGUAAUGAGUCACAGUGAGGAAUAUUUAUCAUUUAUGCAAUGCUCGCAACAAGGUCUUGCUGUUGAGAAUGAAAAUCAAGUGUUGGAUGUGUUGACAAAUUCGGAGCGAGUUCUGCAAGACUUGACUAGAGCUCUAGAUUUUCCAGAAGUUUUUAAUGUAAAAUUAAUAUUGAGAGAAUGGUGCCCAGAAAUCACUUAUGAAUAUGAAUUUAGAGGUUUCGUACACAAUUAUGAGCUUAUUGCAUUAUGCCAAUAUGAUAACACGUGUUUGGUUCAGGAGCUCAUUGACAAGAAGGAUGAAAUUUCCUCAUCCAUUUUACAAUAUUAUGAUACUACAGUGAAACCAAUACUCUUACACAAAUCCACACAAGCAUCAUCAGUCAUAUCCAAGUGGAAUGGUGAAGUGAUUAUGGAUUUUGCAAUAUUACAACCAAGCAAAAAGAUUAUUGUGAUUGAGUGUAAUCCUUUUAAUAAUGGAACUGGUGCUUCAUUGUUUGAAGUCGAUCGAAGUGACAUGAAAGAACGAUAUAACACGAACAAGCAAUUCGAAUUUAGAGUUGUGACACAACAGUGGUAUGCUGAAUGUUCGGAACAAGCAAAAUGUUUUAUUGUUGUUGAUAUAUAA